UCCCCAGCAGCCCGGGACGGGAAGCUGCAGUCCUUGCCUGGGGGGCGUCCCUGGGAGCUGUGCAGCUGGCAGGACACAGCCCUGUGCCACUGAGGGCUCGGGGUUGGGGACAGCAUGUCCUUCCAGAGCCGCAGGACCCAGCUGCUGCUGGUCAACUCGCUGACCUUCGGGCUGGAGGUGUGCCUGGCUGCUGGCAUCACCUACGUGCCACCGCUGCUGCUGGAGGUGGGCGUGGAGGAGAAGUUCAUGACCAUGGUUUUGGGGAUAGGCCCUGUCCUCGGGCUGGUUUUUGUGCCCCUGAUCGGCUCGGCCAGCGACCACUGGCACAGCAGCUACGGCCGCAGGAGACCUUUCAUCUGGGUGCUGUGCCUGGGCGUGCUGCUCAGCCUUUUUGUCAUCCCCCACGCCAGCAGCCUGGCCAGCCUGUGUGCCCUCAACCCCCGGCCUCUGGAGAUCGCCUUCCUCAUCGUGGGCAUCGGGCUGCUGGAUUUCUGUGGCCAGGUGUGCUUCACCCCUCUGGAGGCCCUGCUCUCCGACCUCUUCCAGGAGCCGGACAACUGCCGCCAGGCCUUCUCCGUGUACGCCUUCAUGGUCAGCCUGGGGGGCUGCAUCGGCUACCUGCUGCCCGCCAUCGACUGGGCCUUCCUGGCGCCCUACCUGGGAGGCCAGCAGAGCUGCCUCUUCAGCCUGCUGGCCCUCAUCUUCCUCGGCUGUGCGCUGGCCACGCUCUUUGUGACAGAGGAGGCCGCGCAGGGGGAUGUCGCGGGCGGGCCGGCGCCCAAGGACGCGUCCGCAAGGGCGGCGCUGUGCUGCUGGCGGCGGGGGCCGUGCGCGCCGCAGGGCCGGCGGCUGCUGCAGGCGGGCAGGAAGCUGUGCCUGCUGCUGCCGCGGCUGCACGGCCUCUGCUGCCGCGUCCCCAGCGCCAUCCGCCGCCUCUUCGUGGCCGAGCUCUGCAGCUGGAUGGCUCUCAUGACCUUCAUGCUGUUCUACACGGAUUUUGUCGGGGAGGGGCUGUACCACGGCGUGCCCAGGGCCAAGCCGGGCACCGAGGCCAGGCGGCACUACGAUGAAGGUGUCCGCAUGGGCAGCCUGGGCCUCUUCCUGCAGUGCAUCACCUCCAUCUUCUUCUCGACAAUCAUGGACCGGCUGGUGAAGCACUUUGGGACACGGGCAGUGUACCUGGCCAGCGUGGUGUUCUUCCCUGGGGCAGCCUUUGUCAUGUGCCUGUCCCACAGUGUCACCGUGGUCACCAUCUCCGCUGCCCUGACUGGAUUCACCUUCUCUGCCCUCCAGAUCCUGCCCUACACGCUGGCAUCCCUCUACCACCAUGACAAACAGGUAUUUCUCCAUAAAUUCAAGAGGAAAGAGGAGGAAGACUCCGCUCUGCUGGACAAGAAAUCAGCCUUCUCCAAGGGGCUGCUCUCCAGCCAGAAGCUGUCUUACCAGAAUGGCCACGCUGGGAGCCUCUUCUCCUCCUCCUCCUCUCCCUCCCCCUCCUCCUCCUCCCCAUCCUCCCCUCCAGCCGUGUCCAGCUCUGCUCUGUGUGUCAGCUCCUCCUGCGACGUCUCCCUGCGGAUCAUGGUGGGGGAGCCGGAGCUGGGGGCUCCUGGCCGGGGGAUCUGCCUGGACCUGGCCAUCCUGGACAGCGCCUUCCUCCUCUCUCAGGUGGUGCCCUCGCUCUUCAUGGGCUCCAUCGUGCAGUUCACCCAGUCUGUCACUGCCUACAUGGUGUCAGCCGCUGGCCUCGGGCUGGUCGCCAUCUACUUCGCAACCAAAGUUGUCUUUGACAAGGCUGACAUGGCCAAGUGCUCCGUGUGACAGCGGGGCAGCCACGUGGGUGGCAGAGCCAGCUCUGUGUGUGUGUGUGCCCACGGGGCCACUCUGGGGUGCCUCGUGUGGCACUGGCUGUCCCCGAGCUGGUGCUGCCACCCCAGGCGUGGCUCUGGGGCUGGGGGCAGCACGGGGUUAAUCUCAGGUGUAAAUAAGAGGCUUUGGGGCGUUGUCCUCAGGGCCUGAAGUGCUCUCCAAAGGUGCCUUUAGCAGAGGGAAGCACGGCACAGCAGCACCAAAGGGG